AUGCUCAACAAGCUGUCUGGACAGCCGGAGAGCUACGAGAAGAAGGCUCUCUACAAAUUUGGACGCACUCUAGGUGCUGGUACAUACGGAAUUGUCCGCGAGGCGGAGUCGACUUCGGGCGAUAAGGUUGCGGUCAAAAUCAUCCUCAAGAAAAAUGUCCGCGGAAAUGAGGGCAUGGUCUAUGAUGAGCUGGAGAUGUUGCAAAAGCUAAAGCACCCCCAUAUUGUCUCUUUUGUGGACUGGUUUGAGUCCAAAGACAAAUUCUAUAUCGUCACACAACUAGCAACCGGCGGAGAGCUGUUCGACCGCAUUUGCGACUACGGAAAGUUCACAGAGAAGGAUGCUUCACAGACAAUUCGCCAAGUGCUUGACGCUGUCAACUACCUGCACCACCGAAACAUCGUCCACCGAGGUCAGAUCAACCCCUUCAACACAUUCUAUACCUUCAUCAUAUCUGUUGCAGUCUUACUAACCAUCCUACCAGACUUGAAACCCGAGAACCUCCUCUACCUCACCCGCUCCGCCGACUCGGAAUUGGUCCUAGCUGAUUUCGGUAUCGCCAAAAUGCUGGAGAACCCUACUGAAGUUCUCACCAGCAUGGCAGGCUCCUUCGGCUACGCUGCACCUGAAGUCAUGCUCAAGCAGGGACACGGAAAGGCUGUCGAUAUGUGGUCGCUGGGUGUCAUUACCUACACCCUUCUCUGCGGUUAUUCUCCAUUCCGCGCUGAGAACUUGACAGAUCUGAUUGAGGAAUGCCGAGGAGGCCGUAUCAUUUUCCACGAGCGAUACUGGAAGGAUGUUUCUCAGGACGCGAAGGACUUUAUUCUUACCCUUCUGCAACCGGAUCCCAGCAAGCGCGUCACCUCCGACGAGGCCCUCAAGCACAUGUGGUUGACCGGAGAAUCCGCCAGCGACCGCGACUUGCUGCCCGAGAUCCGCACCUACAUUGCGCGCGCCCGUCUUCGUCGUGGUAUCGAGAUCGUCAAGCUCGCCAACCGGAUUGAGGCUCUCAAGAUGCACGAAGAAGAUGGCGAGAGCGCCGAUGAUAUUCCAAGCCCCGUCGCCAUGGCCGAAUCUGCUGAAGAGGAUUCAUCGGCCAACGGGGAUUCUUCUACAACUCCUACCACCAAGAAGCGCAGCCUGAGCAAGGUUGCUCGUGGUGCUAUCUUCCGCGAGGUGGUUCUGGCCAAGGUUCGCGAAGCCAAGGACAAUGAGGAGCGAGAGAAGGUUGAGCGUGAGGCACGUGAAAAAGCUGCGCAUCAUUAA